AUGGAUGCCGCCGAAGCGCAUUACGGACGAGGCUCGGCUGGUGCUUUGCGUGACGAGGCUCCCCAAGAGCUCGGCGAGCACCGGCCCUUUAUUCGCCAGUCGCGCCAUUCGUCGCAGUUCCGUUCGUCUCGACGUCAGUCACGCUCUCAGCCUCUGUGGAAGCUAGGUCUCUUCUUCUUUGUAGUGGUCGUCUCUGUGCUUGCGCUGUCUGCUGUCCCCUUCAGUCUCCAAUCACUUUCUGGGGACUCUUCAGAGUCCGCACAUGAUGGACUUGACGAUCACUACUCGCCGGAAGAUCCUCAUGAGGAAGAUGAGCCUGAUCACCAUGAGGCCGAAUCCGAGCCCAAUGCUGGGGACGAGGACGACAGCAGCCUUGCGCCAGCCAUUGUCCACUACGAAGAAGAGAUGCCAAGUGUGCCUCAGCUGAGAAAUGUCUCACAGUACGUCUUGUCGCCUUCGUGGGACUUUGACGCCGCUCCCACUACCAGAGAAUAUCAUUGGACAAUUGUGGAUGGACGUCUGAACCCUGACGGCAUCUAUCGUCCCAUGAUACUUAUCAACAAUCAAUUUCCCGGGCCAUUGGUUGAAUGCAACGAAGGCGACACCAUUCGGGUCAUUGUCGAGAACAAGGCCAUCAACGCGACCUCGAUUCACUUCCACGGUCUCUUCCAGAAUGGCACCAACUCCAUGGAUGGCGCUGUAGGCAUUACCCAAUGUCCCAUUGCGCCCAACUCGACUUUCACCUAUGAGUUCCAAGUCCAGAAUCAGUCGGGCACUUACUGGUAUCAUGCCCAUCACAGUGCUCAGGCAUCCGAUGGCCUGCUCGGGCCAGUCGUCGUUCACUCCAAAGAAGAGCGAACCGUUUUGCAGAAGCUGGAAUACGCUUCUGACAGGAUAAUCAUGGUUCAGGAUCAUUACCAUAAUCUUACCUCGGAGCUGUUGAUGGACUAUCUGCAGCCUGAUAGGGACAAUGAUGAGCCCGUCCCGGACAAUGGCCUGAUUAACGGGCGCGGCUUGCGUGACUGCAAAGACUUUCCGGGCUGGGACUGUGAUACCACCAAUGUCUCAACCCCAACCCUUGACCUUGCAGCCGGCCAGCGGCAUCGACUACGCAUCAUCAACGUCGGCGCCUUUGCCGAGUUUCAAAUUCAGUUCGACGAGCAUCCCUUCUACGUCACGGAGGUCGAUGGCACCGACGUGUUGCCCGAGCCAUUUCAUCGCCUCAACAUCCUCCCGGCUCAGCGGUACAGCGUCAUCGUGGAAACCAAUGUCAGCACCGCCGAUGCCUUCUGGAUGAGGGCCCGGAUGGUGACACAUUGCUUCACCACCAAGAACCGGCUGCUGAAGCCUGAGAUGCGAGCCGUCCUGCGCUACAAUUCUCCCGGGGAUACAGCCUCAGACAAGGUAGACAAAGAACCGACCAGCAAAGACUGGCCCGAGGCUAUUGAGGUCAUAUGCCGCGACCUCAACGUUUCCGCCCUGCAUCCGGUCAUCCCCAUGACGCCGCCUCCCGCAGACAAGUACAUGCGCUUCGACGCAAGCUUCAUGAUUGGCGACUGGCGUCUUUCACGCGGCUUCUUCAACCAAUCGACCUGGCACCACAACGCCACCCGACCCUCGCUGCACCGCUUCCUCGAUGCCCACUCCAACCUCACCACGCUCAAGUCACCCAUCGCCGUCAACAGCCUAGCCUUUGACUCCACAAAGGAGCUCGUCAUCCAAACAGAAGGCAUCCGCACCAUCGACCUGGCCAUCAACAACUUCGACGACGGCUCACACCCGUUCCACCUCCACGGCCACAAAUUCUUCGUCCUCUACCAAGCACGGAGCGGAUACCCCCCCUCCGAGGCAGACUUCCCUGCCUUCGUCAAGGAGCUUGACUUGGAGAACAACCCUCUCCGGCGGGAUACCAUCACCGUGGAGGGCUACAGCUGGGCCGUCAUCCGCGUCGUGCUGGACAACCCCGGCAUGUGGGCUCUGCACUGCCACAACAUGUGGCAUGCCGAGGCCGGCAUGGUCAUGCAGCUGCUUGUGAGGAGCGAUGUCGUCCGGACUUGGGAGGUGAGCGAUCGGGAGAGGGCUGUUUGUGGGCUUGAGGGGGUUACGACGGGUAUGAGACCCGAUGACAGUAUCUGGUUUGGCAAUUUUGGCAAGGGGUGA